AUGGAAGAACCCACAUACGACCCAAGGCUGAUAUUUUGUCGCGCCCUUAGUCGACCUCUGGCAACCACCACCCUCGCCUACCAAUAUAAGUUGGUUAAUUGUCCUGGGAAGAGCAUCGUUGGCCUCCUCGUCGAAUACCCUGCAGGUGGUGCCACGCCUCCCCAUCGCCAUGGCGGGGCCUCUGUCUCUGCCUAUGUGAUCAGGGGCUCUGUACUGAACAAAAUGAACAAUGACCCAAUGAAGGUGAUCACACAAGGCGAGUCUUGGUACGAGGCUCCCGGGUGUCACCAUCGGAUCAGCGCAAAUGCGAGCGAGGUGGAGCCGGCGGCAUUUUUCGUGAACUUUGUUCUGGAUACGGAGACCCUGGAGCGAGAGGGGCCAGCGGUUUUGGUGCAAUAUGACGAGGAGUAUAAGGAUAUCAUCGCCCGGAAGAUGAGUGAGCUUUCAACGUAG